UUCAAUUCGAAGCGUCGCGCUGCAUCGCCAAAAAGCAACAUUUUGUAAAAAUCGCUCUUAUUUUUGUUAAUUAAAGGACUUAUCAGCCAUGGAGGAACGCGGUGUUCUGAGCCUUGUUAAGAAGGUGAUUCAUUCGCUAGUGGUGUCCUCACCCGGACAGAUGACGAUCGAAAAGCUGAUGCGCGAUUACCGGAGCGAAGAAGGCUGCAAUGUGCCCUACCAAAAUCUGGGGUUCAGGGACGCCGAAUCCUUUCUCCGCUCGAUUCCAGACACAGUUCAAGUAAUGGGUCAUGGACCCAUGGCUCUUGUAAGAGCGGUAGCAACCGCCAAAUCAGCGCACAUCCAAAAGCUAGUGCAAUGCCAAAAGAAGCCCAACAACAGAUCUAGAAGUCGAGGGCAUCACAAACCGAAAUAUUGCUUUGCCUCGGAACGUUCCAAUCUAACCUUUAUAAACGAAAGCGUAAGAAAAAUGAGCUCUACCCAGGUGACAUCACGAACGUAUCAGGCGCCAAAAAAUCAGCACAUUCCUGUUUCGUAUCCCAACUACAAUCGACUUAUGUAUCCCGCCCACCCGUCGGUUGCCUACCCCGAUAUUAACGCCAUGAUCUGCGCCGGACAGCGGCAGAAUGCUUCAAUACCACAAUGGCGGAAUGUUGCGAUACCCCAAAUGCAGAAUUUUUCAAGAACCCAAUCGCAGAAUAUUCUAAGACCACAAACGCAGAACAAUUCAACACCUCAAUCACAAAAUAAUAGGCCGCUAGAACAGAAUCGUCCCCAGAUUAAUCCGUUACUUCAGGAGAAAAACUUUCCAGAAACUGAGAGACUUAAGGUCGAAAAUUCGCUCCCUAAGUCUUUGACAAAUAAAAAUGUUCAUCCACAAAGACCGCAAACUCCUGAAAAGCUUAAACAGGCAAAUGCAAAACUGGAUAAAGAAACCAAAGAAAUUGUGGAUUCUUUUCAAAACCUCACUGUGGAGGAAACUCUCACUGUUGACCAAGACAAGCUGCAAAACAAACUAGAUGAGUCUGAAGUUAAGGAAGUGGUUAAAGAUCUAUUUAGCUCUGGAGAUGAAGACCAGGAGCAUCGACCUGAAGUAGCAACUAUUGUCAAGGAAGGAAAUUCAUCAGAGGAGCUAGAUCUCGUUUCCCAGCAUAACUACAAAUCUUUAUCUUAUUCUACGACACCGGAGGUUAUCGAUCUUGAAGGCCCCGAAGAGCCCUUCUUUGAUAAUGAGUCUUCCGAUGAUGGGGACGAUGAAAAUGCCUUUCCAGCAUUUGCUGUGGACGAGCGGGUUCUAGGCGUCGAUUACCCUUUGGACUCUGUUCGAUUUGAUUACAAACUGCCUGGUCGCGAUAUUGAGACAAUCAUCAAGUUGGAGCAACGCAUUGAGGUCCAGUUGGUAAAGGUCGACAAUCCUCACCACUUCAACUUUUGGGUAUAUAACGAAGAGUUCAAUGAGUACAAGGCCUUGACCUCCAACAUGCAAACCUUUUACGAAAGUCGUAAUGGGGACAAGUACACUAUGCCGCUGAGCUUGAUCACCGAGGAUCAUCUUUGUGCCGUGCGCUCCAGUAACUCAGGUGCGUGGGAACGAGCCCAAGUGGUAAAGCACCGGCCCGAUAACUUUAGGAAGACCAUUGAGGUAGAGUUGAUCGACACUGGGGUCCAAAUGUGUGUCACCCCCAGGGAUAUAAAGUUUCUGCUGAAGGAGUUUGCCACGCUGCCGCCGCAGUGGUUGGCUGGUCGACUGGCCUUUAUAACUCAGUGGAAAGCUCCGUCCUGGUCGGCAGAAGCUGUUAACUUCUUCUACAAGAUGGUUUCCUAUCGCAUACUUUGCGCCAAGGUCGAAGCUAUCGAGAACAACACAGCGUAUCUUGUGCUGGUGGAUCCAAACACCGACGAACAAGUAAAAAACCUAAACAAAUCGCUCAUUGACUCCGGGUGGGCUCGACGCUGCAUUACGGCAUAAAUUUACAUAAGUAUAUAGAUUACUAGAUAUUCGGUUAUAGCGUAAUUUGAUCAUUAAGACCAUUUCUAUACUCCAACUUAUCGGCAUGGAAUGUCAUAUUAAUUUCUUUAUGUUUCUUAGUUGCACUUCAAUAAAACUCGUUUACAUAUUAUUUUAAGGCAAA